AUGCACGCGUCGCCGUCACUCCUCCGCACCACGUCGCGCGUCUCGGUCCGGUCUUUUAGCGCGCUCCGCGCCACGGCCCCGUCGCUCAUUGAAGCCAACCACUUCAAGUCGCACCCCAAGACCGACGGCCACUUUGCCGACACCAAGAUCCAGUCGUGGGCCACCGUGCCGCAAACGUGGGAGAACCCGAUCCCGCACGCCAUCUACAGUCCCGACGACCUCGCCAAGAUCCAUCCGACGCACCGCGACCCGGUCGAGAUGCACGCCAAAGUCGCGCUCACUGCCAUCCGCGUCAUGCGCUCGGGCUUUGACUUUGUCUCGCGCUACAAGGGUCCGGGCGGCGGCAUGACGGCGGGUGACUGGGUCAACCGCGCGCUCUUCCUCGAGACGGUCGCGGGUGUCCCCGGCAUGGUCGCCGGCAUGGCCCGCCAUCUCCGCUCGCUGCGCACGAUGCAGCGCGACCAGGGCUGGAUCCACACGCUGCUGGAAGAGGCCGAGAACGAGCGCAUGCACUUGCUCAUCUUCCUCAACAUGAAGUCGCCGGGUCCGCUCUUCCGACUCUUUGUGCUCGGCGCGCAAGGCACGUGCCACCGCUUUGUGGGGUACCUCGAGGAAGAGGCCGUGCACACGUACACGGCGCUCGUCCAGGACAUUGAGAACGGGCAUGUCGACCAUUGGGACAUGGACAUUGCGCCGCUGAUCGCACGCAACUACUACAAGCUGCCCGAGACCGCGACCGUCCUGGACAUGAUCAAGUGCAUUCGGGCCGACGAGGCCAACCACCGCGACGUCAACCACACGUUUGCUGACGUCGAGUGGAAGACGGCGGUCAACCCGUUCUUGGCCAAGCAUACCUAA